UUACGGAACACGUUAAGAAUAAUUUGAAAAUUUAUACAAAGAAAAGUCAGAUUUUAAUUGAUAUAGUGUUAUCUUUAUGGAUGUUAGGUAUUAAAUCAGAAAAAUUAAUCAAUGAAAUUUCACCAGAUGUUGUUAAAUCAAUUGAAGGAAUGGAUCGUUAUCGAUACAAUUCCCGAUUGAAUUUACUAUUAACAUGUAUUGAUAUCGAUAAACAAUUUCAACAUAGUUCAUUACGUAACAUGAAACGUUUCAAUAAAUUACCAUCAAAACAAAAUUAUCGAGAAUCAAUAUGUAAGAUGAAAACAAUUCUUACAAAAAUUGUACCCAAAGAAUUAAACUUACGAAUAAUUAUUAAUUAUCAAAUACCAAAUAUAAAUAUUGAUGGAAUUACAAUUUAUAAGGAUUCUACAAAAUUAUUAGAAAUUGAAACAUUAGAUAAUGUUGUAUGCCUACAAAAUACGCCACAUUCAGCACCAAAUGGUAUAAUGAAAUUAAAAAUUGAUUUAUUGAAACAGAAGGAAUGUCCAGUAAUAAUGGUGGAUUAUACUCGUUCAAAGACGAAUUACGAAUUAGAAAUGGAUCUUCAGAAUAAGCUAAAAUUAUAUAUGUAAAAAAUUUAGUUGUGAUUCAAAACUGGAAGAUCUAACUGGCUAACUACGUAUAAUGAGAAUUGCAUUUGUUUUUAUUGAAAAUAUAUUUAAAAUUUCAACAUCAGGCGAUUGUAUGAUUCACAUAUUAUCUUUGUUUAAUUUCCUUUUUUUAGCUUUGAUUAAUUACUGUUUAUUUGUGAUUACUUUACAUUAAGAUAACAUUGAAAGUAAACAAUGUUUUAAUAAUAUGCUAGAGGAGCACAUAAAUUCGGAUUCAUCGGGAAAAAAAUUUUAAACUCGAUUUAUUUGCAUAUUCAUUUUUGCAAGAUUUGGGGCUAAUUUUCUUCAAUAAACGUUAAAUUAUUUUCUUUUUUACAGACUUAAAAUUUACUAUUUUUAGGUUUCUUGAGUAAUUUUACGAUAUUUUUAAAUAUACGAAUCCUGAUAUUUUUUCGAAUCAGUAUAUGAUUAUGUAACCAACAUUACAGUCAAUCGCGGCAAGUUUCGGUACACCAUUCACAGCAUACAAAUCACACUAUUAGUGAUUGGCCUAAUUAGUGCGUUUACGGGUAAACUAUGAUGUUGACAAAAAAAAUGUUUCUAACAAAAUAGGUCCACAGAACCCAAGAUCGCAAAAAUUUUGUUUUUAACUUCUAUAUGUUAGCUUUUAACAGUACAGUCGAACUCUUU